GUUUUUUAUUAGCAGCAUUUAUUUCACGUAAUCAUUCACGAUGAACGGUUUUGAAAAUGGAGCUGAUUCAUCAGAGACUUGUACAAAUACCCUGCCAACAAAUAAUGAUAAUGGACCACGUUUAGAAGUUGAAGAUGCAUUAUCAUAUUUGGAUAGAGUAAAGGAAGUAUUUAAAAAUCAGCCAGAUGUAUAUACAGAUUUUCUUGAUACAAUUAAAAAAUUUUGUUCACGUGAAAUUGAUACACCAGGUGUUAUGACAAGAGUAUGUCAUUUAUUUAGAAAACAUCCACAUUUAUUUGAUGGUUUUAAUGAAUUUUUACCAGAUGGUUUUAAAAUUCAAGUUGAAAAUUAUCCAAAUAAUAAUGAUUAUCAUGUAUUAAUAACAAUGCCUGGACCAUUAUUAUCACAAAAUGAUCAUGGUAUAACACCACAAAUUGUAACAGUACCAUCAAAUGAUCAUGAUUAUUCAUUUGAUGAAGGAAUUGUUAUUGAUAAUUCUGGUGAUAUUGUUUAUGAACAACAACAACCACCACAUUUUAUUCAAAAUAAACAACCAUGUCAACCUGUUCAAUUUAGUGAAGCCAUGGAUUAUGUUAAUAAAAUUAAAAUUCAUUUUGAAAAACAACCAGAAAAAUAUCAAAAGUUUUUGGAUAUUCUUCAUCAACAUCAACGACAACAAAAAAAUAAUGAAGAAUCUUUGGAUACAAAUGAAAAUCCAUUAUCAAUUUAUGAUGUUUAUAAUAAAGUUGCUGAACUUUUUGAACCUGGUGAUGAACUACUUGCUGAAUUUGGCAAAUUUUUUCCUGAUUAAAAUAUAAUUUAUAUUUAUUGUAGUAUUUGGACAGCGUUUUGUAUAUUAAUUUGGUUCUCUUUUCUUUUUCUUUUUUUUUUGUAAUUAUCAUUAAUUAAAAUGCUCCGUUAAUUGA